CCGAACUAAAAUAAAACCAAACCAAACAAUAAACCAAAAGAAAUGUUUUGAUGCGCGAUCGGUUUAGAAAGUAAGAAAAAGAAAAAGAAAAGAAAAAAAAAAAGUCAAAAAAGCUUUACCGAAUCUUCAACAACACAUCUCACUUGUCUUCCAAAAUCCAAAUCUUCUUCUUCAGUGUGCUUCUUCUGUUCUGCUGUCUUGUCCUCUUUCUUUCCUUUUCACUCUCACCAAUGGGAAUCUCCUUUAGCACAAACAGAAGACGAGACAACAACCGCCGUCACCUCCUCCACCAUCCUCCGCCGCCUUACUAUUACCUCGAUCCUCCUCCGCCAUUUCCACCGCAUUAUGACUACAGCUAUUCCACUUACCAGGUAUCUCCGCCUUUACCACCACCGCCACAGAUCAACUCUUGUUCCUACGGUCACCAUUACCAUUAUUACCCUCAGCAUCAGCAUCCUCAGUAUUUCACCCCCGCCCAGCCCAAUUGGUGGGCCCCAACGAUGAGGCCGGGAUUCUGCGGUCCACCUCUGCCGCAACAAACGCAACCGCUUCCACCGCCGUACGUUGAGCAACAGAACGCAAAGAAGGUGAGGAACGAUGUCAAUGUGCAUAGAGACACGGUGAGGCUCGAAGUGGACGAUCUGGUCCCUGGUCACCAUCGAGUUUCCUUCGUCUUCGAUGCCAUUUUCCACGGCAGUUUCACUAUUACCUUCUUUGCGAAGGAGGAACCAAACUGCACGUUUGUCCCGCAGUUUCCAGAGGUUUAUUCACCGACAAGAUUCCAUUUUCAGAAAGGUCCUGGACAGAAGUUCUUACAGCCUUCGGGGACAGGAACCGAUUUGAGCUUCUUCGCCCUUGACGAUCUGUCAAAACCUUUACAAGAGGACGUGUACCCUCUUGUAAUAUCAGCUGAGACGGUAAUCUCGAUCUCAGAGCAAUCAUCAGUUCAUAAGCAAGUCACACAAGCGGUUCUUGAGAAGGAUAGCGAUGGAUCUUUCAAAGUGAAGGUCGUGAAGCAGAUUCUUUGGAUCGAAGGAGUUCGAUAUGAACUCCGUGAGCUGUAUGGCUCGACCACUCAAGGUUCAGCGUCGGGUUUAGAAGACAGUGGUUCGGGUAAAGAAUGUGUGAUCUGCAUGACUGAGGCUAAAGACACGGCCGUGUUGCCUUGUAGACAUUUGUGCAUGUGUAGCGACUGUGCGAAAGAAUUGAGGCUUCAGUCCAACAAAUGUCCGAUUUGUCGACAACCCAUCGAAGAGCUCUUAGAGAUCAACGUGGACAGUAGUGAUGAACAACACUAAUAUAUUAAAAAAAGGUUCUUCUUUUACUUAAGCACCAUUCUUGAUUCUUUCUUCUUCUUUAUUCGAAAUCUGUAUUUCCGAUCAUUGUUGUGUAAGUUCAUACCGCAUAUAGAUUUGUUUGUUCCAAAGCUUUGUAUUUGAAAGAUUUAAGCAUCAGUAUAUGUAUAGCUAAUGUGCUAGAAAAGCUUUCCUUUUUUAUAUUUUUAUCCUCUUGGAAAAAUUUUCUAGCACUCUCAACGAUCCACUUCAUGUGUGUAAUUGAAUGCGUUUGUAUGUGUAUGUUUCAUGGUAUAAUUGUGGAUAUUCAAAUCUGCAGAGUUACUUAGCUAUAA